CGACGAUCUUGUACAAGUUGAAGCUCGGGGAAGUUGUCACCACCAUCCCAACCAUAUGAUGGGCCAGCUUUCCACCACCACCACCAUAGAUAGGAGGACGGGGAGAAAGGAGUAUGAGGAGGUUCUCCUCCUCCUCCUCCUCCGCCUCCUCCUCCUCCACCUCUUCCUCCGCCUCCUCCUACUACUCCUUCUCCCUCUCCUACCUAGGGUAGUGGUGGUGAAGAAUCGGCCCAUCACCAUAGGGUUCAACGUCGAGACGCUGGAGUACGGGAACAUACUGAUGACCUGCUGGGACGUCGGUGGCCGGGACAAAAUCAGGCCUCUCUGGCGCCACUAUUACCAGUGAUGGGCGGAUUUUCCACCGCCACAACCGUAGGUAGGACGGGGGAGAAGGGAAGAUGGGGAGGUCCUCCUCCUCCUCUUCCUCCUCCUCCAUUUUCUUCUUGUGGUAGUGGUGGUGGAAAAUCGAAAAUCGGCCCAUCUACCAGAACACAAGCGCGAUUAUUUUCGUGGUCGACGCCAAUGACCGCGAGCGUAUGGACCAGGUCAAAGACGAGAUAUUCCUGUUGGAGCGCGAGCCCGAUCUGGCGGGCCUGCCGAUGAUCGUGUAUGCCAACAAGCAAGACCUGCCAGGCGCGCGGAGCGCCGCGCAGCUCGCUGACAUUUUGGACCUCCAGAAGCUCUCGCGGCCUUGGACCUGCCAGCAGACAAGCGCGCUGUUGGGCGAGGGCCUCUACGAGGGGCUGGACUGGCUCUCUGCGGCGAUCCGGGACCCCCGGCCGUGCCGCGCGCCGCCCUUCGCCGCUGGCGCGCCCGAGGAGCGCGCCCGCCUCGACUACGACCCCUCCCAGAGCGAGAGCCUGCGCCGCUUCGGCGCGAUCCAGCACCGCACGCAGUGCCCCUUCGCCCGGCGCGCGAAGCUGUGGAGCGGCAAGCCUGGGGACCCUGCCGCGAGCGCGGCGGCGCUGGGGGAGUUCGUGCGGCGGAGCGAGGCGGGCGAGGCGCUCGACGGCUUCGUGCUGGAACUCGCCAGCGCCGACGCCAAGGGCGACGUCGCGAGCUUCGGCCGGAGCGUGAGGGUGGCGCUGACGGAGCUCUCCGACAGGGACCCCCAGCUCGACGGCUGCAUGCGGAAGAAGUACAUUGGAGAGCGGGGCUGGUGCUUCCGCUUCGCUGGCGCCACCUUCUUCGUGACGAGCUUCGCGCCCUGCUACCCAGCGUCGAGCCCACGCUUCAGCUUCGGGUCCGAAUCGGCGUUCGUGUUGCUGCAGCCCGAGCGCUCCUUCGCUCGGCACAACCUUUGCGACAACCACGUGGAGGUGCAGAGCCCGCCCUCGAUCCGCGACAAAGUCCGCGCCGCCUUCCGCGACGCUGGGCGCCCGUACUACCUGCCGCCCACGACUCGCUACGCCCCCGCGCCCUACAUUGUGCGCCCCGCGAGGGAGCGGGACCCGCCGUUCGAGUGGUGGCAGGACGACGCAGAUGGCGCCACGAAGGACGACGCAGAUGGCGCCACGACGGCGGGGAGCGAGACCGGGAGCCACGGCCAGCUCGACGAGCCGAGCUCGUCUCCCUUCUGCCGAGGCGGCUCCGCCUCCGACGACGCAGAUGGCGUCACGACAGCUGGGAGCUAGACUGGGGGCCAGGCCCAGGUCGACGAGCCGAACUCUACUCCCUUGAAGUGAGGCGACCGGGCCUCCGUGGUCGCGAGGUCGGGCCUCGGCACUGUACAGGCUGCCCGGGCCCGCGUGUGACUGCCUGACUGCCUGCGAAGGUACACAGCCAGGACGCGCCAUCGCGUCGGCAGAGAAAUGUCCAAGGGGGAUGCGCUCUCCUGCCGACGUACCCGAGGAGGGGG